AUGGCUCGAUGUUUUGCCGAUUGUUCUUUUCGCACAAGAACAACUGUACAACCCACGUCAGCAAAACAUUCGGCAUUUAAGUUUUAUCAACGUGGGCCUAUAGUUCCAAAUAACUUUGAAGAAAGAAGUACUCUUGCUAAUGACGCGUUUGAAAGGAAAUACAUGAACUUUGACGAAAAUUAUUCUUCACCUACUAUUAAGAAAAUGAUUCAAUUUAGAGGUAAAUAAAAAAACCAAAAGUUGUUUUAGAUAGUAAUACUUAAUAAAAAAAUUAAUAUAUUUAAUAAAAUAUAAAUGUAAACAUAUGAAAUAUAAAUAAUAUUUUAAUAUAAUUGAUGCAUAAAAAAAAUAAAAAAAUGUAGAUAUAUAAAGUGUAACAUAAUCAUGGUGCUGUAAUUAGAUACUUUAAAUUAGUAUCUAGAUACAGAUACAAGUGUCUUAAGAUACAUUUAAGAAAACGCAUAAUUUUUUUCAUAAAUAUUUAAUUCAUUAAAAAUAUAGAACUACAAAAUCAUAACAAGUAAUAGGUACAUGAUUUAUAAUACAAUAUUUUUUUCUACAUAUUUAUGUCAUUUUUCAAAUACAAUUUUAUUUGUGUAAAGUUAUAAGUUAUAGUACAAUCAUUGUCAGUUAUAAUGCAUAAUAUACAACAAUAUUAAAAUAGUGGUUAAUUAUUUGUAAAUAUAAAAUAAAAAAUUGGUUAUUAUUAUAAUGGGUAUUAGUCAUAAACUCAUACACAAUAAUUUAUAAUAAUAACGAAAAAACAUAUCCAUAAAAUAUUUGUUAAAAAAAAAAAAGUUGAGCGUAAUUUGAUAAUUUUUUUCUGUAAGCAUUUUAUAAGGUUAAAUUUGUAUGUAAAUUGUAAAAACUACGGCACUUCAAAACAUUUAUGACCGAACUUUCUUCAGAAUCGUGUUUCGUAGCACUCGCAUACCCUGCAGUAAUCGGUAUUCUUUUUACAUGUAUUAAAUGAUGUUUUCUUCGUUUAACAUAAUAUGUAUACGAUAUCUAUACGUAUGUUUAAAUUGUAUGCCCGGUGUUGUAGAUAAAAGAACCAUGGAUAAUAUCGUCGAAGCUCAACUCAGGCAACGCAGAUCGUGUGCUGCACGAAACUUAAAAUCAGAUUCUGUAUUUAAUCCAGAUUCAAAAACCGAGGACAAUUCUGACCACAAGAGUGGAGAUAACAUAGGAAAAGCAAACCGUCCAGCUAUCAAACAAUGUAGCACACCCACAAUUGAAAACGUUCCAAAAAAACGGUUUCAACCCGUAAACAAAACAUGGAUGCUCAAACAAUGCAGGGACAUGCGUUUAUCAAUAGAUUCAAAAGAUGUAAUACGCGUACCGAUGGCGAAACGAUGGACGCUGUUAACUGAGCCGAAAAAUAGUUUGGAUGUGAAAUCUGACGGUAAUUGUUGGUACCGGUGCGUUUCAAUGCACGUAACCGGAACCGAAAACUUCCACGAGGAUAUCAGAUUACGUCUGUAUAAGGUAGUACCAGUAAUAUAAUGUAUACACUAUAACAAUUAUAAUAUAUAAUAUACAAGUCAACAAAUUGCAUAGUAGCUAAAUAUUGUUAAUGAGACACGGUGUCUCGGACAUUUUGAUAUUUGCGCAGAAUAAAACGAAAACUUGUUCAUUUUUGAUAAACACUUGACAGUUUUAUUACCUAAAUAUUAUUAUAAUUGUGAUGAUAAACGACUAUUGAUAAGAAAAUAUUUAUCGAAUAUGACGUAAUGAUGUUAUAUUGUAAUUCGUAACACUGUAUUUCUAAACACGUGGUAAAUAUAUAAAUUUUUUUUUUUUUUUUUUUAGUUUGUAAAGAACGACCCCCGAGUGCUUACAUAUUUGGAUGGCGGCGUAGACGAUUAUUUGUACAAAAAUCCAAUUAAUAUUUGUGGCACAUGGGCCACCGAUGUAGACAUAUUUGCUACGGCUUUAAUGCUCAACACGCACAUCUAUGUGUAUUCGGAUCACUACAAUUCUUGGCAGUUGUUCGGAAAAGACGGGUUAAUGAGUACCGUAAAUAAAAGAGAUAGCUGUCUGUACAUAUCGAACGUUGCUCGCAACCAUUAUCAGGUCGUCAGAGAUUUAAUUUGAAAUUAAACACCCGCGAGCGUUAACAUAGUUAACAAGUUAAAAUAGUUAAACAUUUUGUAGGAAAAAACUAAAGUUAUACUUAGAUAAUUUAUAUUUGCGUAAACGUAAGACUGAAUAGUAAUAAACUAACGGCAUUUUCAAUAAAGCCCUAUAAUACAUAUUUCAUAAAAAUUUAGGCAUUUCAAUAUUAUUUUAUAUUCGUACUAACUAUUUUUAGAUUAUUACCAAGUUUUAACUUUAUUGUUAACAAAAAUGUAGGAAAACAAGGGGCCUAAUUAAGGGGCGAUGAAUAGGGGUAGAUCCCCACUAGAGCCUUAUAUUAUUACUGAUAUUUUGCAUUAUUUUAUAUGUUUAUAAUUGUUUCUCGUUUUAUUGCUUUCAUUUCCAUCCGACUCGUUUUGAUUUUUUUUUCUCUGUCCAUUCCGAUACGUUAGUUGAGCAUUUUUAGUGGUAAAAAAAAUUAAUGAAUCUCUUGAUAAAAUUUCGACUGUUGAUUAUACUCGGAUGGGAAUAGCAUCGUCUGAUACUGAUAAAAAUAUAAUAGGUAAGCUUGAUCUUUUAAAUUCAAUUUUAUUCAACAUGUAUUUAACGAUUUUUAUUAAUUAGGUUAGGUAUCUAUCUACCUGUAUAUAUGUUUAUCAAAUUAAUAGUAAUUAUUAUGUAAUUUUAUUCUUUAUAAGCUUUUUUCGUAAGUACAAACGAUACCACCUUGGAUUUUUUUUUUUCCACAACCAAAAAAAAAAAAAUUGAAAAGCGUAGAUUGCGAUUUCAAUAUAAAUGGCUUUUAGAAUUUAAUUGGUUAGCUUACUCGGAAGAGAAAAUUAGUGCCAAUUGCAAGUAUUGUAUAAUUUUUGCCAAAGCUGGUGGAAUAAAUAAUCGGCCUUUAGGGCCUUUUGUCAAAACGUUUUUUGAUGCAUGGAAAAAGGCGAAACAGGUGAUUAUUCAACAAACGUUAUAUUCGUAG